GUGAGUUACCCAGGAGAAGGAUUUCCUGUUUGAAACAGAAACCAAAUAAACUGGUGUAACCCAGGAAUGAUGAUGGAGGAAUGAUGAUCAUGAUCACUGUAAAUGCAGGACUUUACUAGCAGUGUAAUUAGUGAGAGGAAUCAAUGGAUUGAAAUGACAGAGUGCAAUAAAUUUCCCUCAUGAAGUAUAGAGAUACAUUGUACUUUUAUAAACAGAAAAUUAGCUUGUGGAUCUUUGUAUAAUUAUAAUGUGGGCAGAGUUCCAGGUUGUUUGUACUAUGGGAUCAGCUGACUGUACAACAAUAACCCCAUGUUUUCAUUGUUUGCAUAUAUACCCAUAAAAGUGUAGGUUUAGUAGUUUAUGGUGGCCAUUGCCUCGGACUUUAUUUUGCACGCCCCACCUGGAGAAUUUAAUGAAGUUUUUAAUGAUGUGAGGAUCUUGUUGAAUGACGAUGAUUUGCUGAAGGAAGGAGCCUCAGGGUCAUUUGCCCAGUACAACAAAGACCAGUUCACUCCAUGCAAGAUAAGUGGAGCAGACGAGUUAGUUUUAAUAACAGAACAUGGAGAUUUGGGUGGUAGUAGAUUUCUAGAUCCAAGGACCAAACAGUCUUUCAAAUAUGAUCAUUUACGAAAGGAGGCUAGCGACGUCCAGUCAGCUAAAGUGGACUCUGCAGCUGAAUCCUGGCGGUCAGCGAUUGAGUCUUCACUAAUGACCUACAGAGAUCAGCACUAUAAACAGGGGGUGGUGACCGUUUAUGGGAACAGCUCAGGGGGAAACACUACAAUCAUAGCAUGCAUUGAAAGCCAUCAAUAUCAACCCAAAAAUUUCUGGAAUGGGAGAUUGAGGUCACAAUGGUCCGUUACAUUCCCAGAGUCAGGGGGUGGGAAGGCAGAACUGACGGGGAUCAUCAAAGUACAGGUGCAUUACUAUGAGGAUGGAAACGUUCAAUUAGUAACAUCUAAAGAAGUGAAACAGACCCUCAGCAUCUCAUCUGAGGAACAAACAGCUAAAGAUUUUGCCAAGAUAGUAGCUGAUGCGGAGUCUGAUUACCAGAAAGCCAUCGGAGAAAAUUACUUGACCAUGUCGGACACCACUUUUAAAGCCCUACGACGCCAGCUUCCCGUCACCAGAACGAAAAUAGACUGGAACAAAAUUAUAGGUUAUAAAAUUGGAAGCGAGCUGAAGAAUGCAUGAAGAGUGGGUGACUAAUGAUUCCAGGUUUAUCUAAAUCCAUCUCUGAAGACUUUUCACAGACUUCCACUGUCAAUACAAGUGACCUGUCAUUUGUAUAAGAGUGCUAAUGGAACGGAUGUAGAUAAUCGUGAUAAAAGGGAAAUAAUAUUUCUGUACAUUCUUCUAUCAUGUAUGAUGACGCUCAUCGCAUUAAUGUUGAUUUUUCUUUUUUCUUAGUUUGGAUAUCUGUUGUAGAACUCGGAAUCUAAAUUUGUAUGGCUAGAGAAUAUAUGAAUUAUUUCUAAGGAAAAUGAUAUGGCUUGUUGCUGUUAAUUAUUUUUUUUAUAUAAGUAAUGGUGAGAAAAUUCAUGUGCAAUAUUGUUAGCCAAUUGUUUACUUUUUGUAUCAAAUCACAUGUACAAUUUUGACAUGGUAUGUAAAUUUGUUUUGAUUAAUUUGAAGGAAAAUAUAAGCGUAUUUAUGAGUGUACCUUUGCAUCCAUAUAUGUAAACAUUUUUCUUUCAAUAAAAUAUCUUAUUAUGUCAAAAUAUAUGGGGACAUAAAGAGCAUUUAGGAGACAUGAUAAAUAUUGAGUAAGGAUUUGUGAAAUUAAAAUUCCUAUUGAGUAGCAAUAAGUAUUAUAAUUUGCAACUAUGAGAGAAUGUUAUAAAAAAAAAAAUAAUAACAGUGAUUUAGUAUUACACAAGUAUCCAUGGAAGUAUUUAUAAAUGAAGUCCCAACAGAUUAUUCUUAAUCUUCAAUUUAAAAACCAUGUAAAUUACUGAAAAUGUUGAAAUUUACAUGUGGUGAUUAAUAUGCACUAAAUAUGCCAGAAAAAAAAAUGUACUCCUUGCAUUUGUUCUGCAGUGGUGUUGUAUAUUUUAGCAAAGUACAGCAUCAGGAAAUGAUCACCCCAUCUGUAAGGGUCACUGUAAGAAGUCCCAGAAUUUUUCCAGGAAGUCGCCUAAUUACCAGUGUCCAAGUUUCCAAUUUGUGAAAUGAUUUAAUUUGCACUAACAAUGAUGAAAUAAAAUAUACAUGUAAUAAUUUUCAAUUCUUUUCCAUGACUGGGCAAACAAAUUUACAAGAUCAACCUAGCCUGAAAAUUGAAAUAUUACGUAAUUUUGACAGGCCAAAAAUGUAGCUCCAUCUCUGAAUGGUUUUGUUUUUCUCUAGGCAAAUUAGGAAGAGGGUUUUCUGUCUGAAAAUAUAAAUGCCAUAACGCUUGAGUAUCGAAGAUCACAAGCUAUUUAUAGCAUGUCUCUUAGACCUUUUGUUAACAGACCAAUGUUCCAUGUAAAAAUAUGUAUGAUCAUAAGUGUAUAUGACUUCUGUAUGAAUAUAAAAUCUAACACAGUGAACUAAAA